UAGUGGUACUAUAUAUAUAAUCCUCCUUCCAUGAACUUUAAUUGUCAUUGGAGCAAGGUGUGUACUACUUACAAAACCUUACAAACAUUAAUUUGAAUUCUGAGAACAGAGAAGAGGCUAUAGACAUGGCUAAAACAAUGGUGGCUUCCUUAUUGGUCCUCCUUGUGGCUUUUCCUACAGUGUUUGGAGCUGACCAUACAGUUGGUGAUGCUAGUGGAUGGAACAUAGGGGUUGAUUACACCACCUGGGCCUCUGGGAAAACCUUCAAAGUUGGUGAUAAUUUGGUGUUCACAUAUUCAUCAUCCCUGCACGGUGUGGAUGAAGUGGAUGAGAGUUCUUACAAGAGCUGCAGUACAAGCAGUCCCAUUAAAACCUACAGUGAUGGAAACACCAAGGUUGCAUUGACCAAAGCUGGCACCUUGUACUUCAUUUGCCCCACUCCAGGUCACUGCACUAGUUCAGGAGGCAUGAAGGUGCAAAUCAAAGUUGUUGCUGCUUCCAGCACCACCCCAUCUCCCACUCCCACCACCCCAACUCCAUCAACUCCAACACCAACCACUCCAUCACCAACCACUCCAUCAACAACCCCUUCUUCUCCCUCAGAGUCAGCCACUCCUGAAGCCAAAUCUCCCUCAUCACCUCCUAAGGAUAGUGGAGCUUUCACUGUUUCUAGUGGCAUCACCCUUUUGGUUGGGUCUUUCAUUACCAUUUUGGGUUUCAUGGCCUAGGGAAGAGACAGUGCAUGCUGUUAAUUAAUUAUUAAACUUUUUAUGUUCUCGGUUUGUUAUUACAUUUUCGUGAAUUAUCUUUUCAUCUGAUGAGGUGUAUAUGAUCUUCAUGUGUUAUCCCUUUGGAUUCAAUAAAUUUUUUUCUUUAACUA